CAUCAUCAUCAUCAUCAUAUUACAGUAUUGACAGUAAUAAUAAUAAUAAUAAUACAACACAAAUGGUAACACGAAAUUCAAUUAUAUCAAAACGAUAUGAUAAAAAUUUUAGAGAAAUAUUUACAAAAGAAACACAACUUAAUAAUGCACUUGCAGAUUUAAUUUCAUUAUCUAAUGAUGCUGAUAUAUCUUCAUCAAUAUCAUCACCAUCACGAUCAUUAACUAAUAUUUCUCAACAUCGACGAACAUCAAGUACUAAUGAUAAUACCAAUAGUAUAUCAGCAAGCAUUGCUUUAUUAAAUAAUUUACUUGAAACAUUUGAUCUUGAUGAUAAAGAUUUUAAGAAAAAUAUUAAUGAUCAAAAAAGUCAAAAGAAUGAUAAUGAUCAUGUUAAACCGAUCAAUAUGUUUUGGUAUGUUAUCAUGUCAGAUAAUGUAUGCGCUAAUUGUCAUCAAUCAUUUGCUACUAAUGAACAAAUUGUUAAUGCUGCUGGACAAAUUUGGCAUACACAAUGUUUUGUGUGUGCACAAUGUUUUCAACCAUUUGAAAAAGGAAUUUAUUUUGAACAUGAAGAUCGAAAAUAUUGUGAACGAGAUUUUCAAAUGUUAUUUGCACCAUGUUGUGCAGAAUGUAAACAAUCGAUUGUUGGUCGAGUAAUUCGAGCACUUCAAAAAUGUUUUCAUCCAGAUUGUUUUCGUUGUCAAUUAUGUCAUAUUUCAUUACUUGAAAUUGGUUUUUCAAAAAAUAAUGAUAGAGCUUUAUGUCGAGAAUGUUAUACAAAAGAAAAAGCAAAAGAUUCAAUUAUAUCUCAACAUAUUUGUUCAACAUGCCAACAAAUACUUGAUAAUAAAUAUAUUAAAUACAAAGGUGAAUAUUAUCAUGCUUAUCAUUUUCAAUGUUCAUCUUGUCGAAUUAAAUUAGAUGAAAAUGCUCGAGAAGCACGUAGUUUAUUAUAUUGUCAAACAUGUUAUAAUAAACUUGAUUUACCUAUAUGUGCUGCUUGUCGAUGUUUAAUUGAUGAUCGUGUUGUUAGUGCUUUGGGAAAACAAUGGCAUGUUGAGCAUUUUUGUUGUGCACGUUGUGCUCAACCAUUUCAUGGUAGUAAACAUUAUGAAAAUAAUGGUUUAGCAUAUUGUGAAAUAGAUUAUCAUAUUCUAUUUGGUUCAACAUGUUUUAUUUGUAAUAGAAUUAUUACAGAAGGAGCUUACACAGCAUGCAACAAAAAAUAUUGUGUUGAUCAUUUUGCUUGUUCAAAAUGUGAAAUGAAAAUGAAUGAAAAAAGUAAAUUUUUUGAUGUUGAUGCAACACCUGUUUGUAAACAAUGUUAUGGUAAAUUACCAUCAAAUACUCGAAAAUCUCUUGAACAAAAUCAAAAAAAAAAAUCAAUAUCAUCUAUUUUCAAACAAAAAAAAGAAAAAGAAAGUAUUCCAAGAGCACUGGCAUAUACGAUCACAUCAUCAAAAAUAUCUUCAUCUUGUACAACGGCUUCAAUAUUAACAAGUAACAGUUUUGAUGAAACUAAUGAUCAGUCAAUUAGUUCGAUGACUACCACAUCAUCUAGUCGUCGUCUAAGUGGACGAACUGAAUCAAACACUAUUCCAACACCACGAAUUCAUUCAUCUAUUGAUACGAAUCUAUUAAAUAAUUCAAUUUCAAAUACACGACGAUCAAGAAAAUCGAUUGAUAAUAAAAUUCUUUAUCCAAAUAAUAUCAUUCUUGAGCCUCUAUCAAAUAAUAAAAAUAUUAAUUAUUAUAUUCCACCUAUACCUGGCAUAUCACUUAAUGAAUCUGAACAAAAAAUUAAAACAAAAUAUACAGAAUUAUUAAUAAAUUUUUUUGAAACUCAUCAACCAUCAUACGUAUUUGAACCACUUCGUAAAGAAUAUUAUUGGACAACGGAAUCAUUUAAUGAAGAUAAAACUACUCGACUUGAUAAACUUCUUCAUAGUACAUCUUAUUUUGUUCAAAGUAUUUUUUGGUAUUUACGUAUAUUAUUAGCAAUAUGUAUUACAAUACCAAUUGAAAUUAUUCAUAUUAUUCUUGCUGGUUUAAUUAAACCAAUUCUAAUACGUUUACCAAUUAUUAUUUCUGAUACUUUAAUUAAACCAUUGUAUUCAGGUCUUUUUAAUUCUUUUAUUUUACCAAUUGGAAUUCUUCUAUGGAAUACAAGUGAUCUUUUUGCUAAAACAUUUGAACCAUUCAUUCGUCUUUUUACUCUUUUAUUUGAACCAUGUAUUAAUUGUUUUCGAUUAUCAUCAUUAAAAAAAAUCAAUGAACAACAAUUAGAUAAUGGUGAUGGUUAUCAUCAUAUGGAACAGAAAAAAUCAACAUUAUGUGUUUAA